AUGGAGGGCAAGAUGUCCCUCACCACUACGAUGGGAGUGAAGCUCGGUCCCUUAGUCCUCGGCACACUGCUCAAGCACUAUCUCGAACGACACAACGUAACCCGCGACUCGAAAGCACGUAACGAGCUCUUAUUCGACGAAGCCUUUAUUAUAGUCAAGGCCUUUAUGGAAGAGUCCACCAAACACACCGUCGAGGAACUGCAGCAGUUUUCGAACGCGCGGAUCCCGAGUCCGCCCUGGGUUCAUUGCGUGCGAGUCCUGAUUCCCCUCGAAUGCUGCGACGCUGCCGCCCCACUCUUGUUACAAGCGCUUGGGGGACCAGAGGCUGUGGGCGGGAGUAAAUGGUGGCAGGUCCGAGGCGUACGGGGCGUAGACGCCCAGUGGGUAGCUGUCAAACGAGACUGGCGAGACGCAGAAAAACGACGUAAACAAGAUCCGAUGUCCCCCGUUACAUCACCCACCAACCCGCCUUCGAGGUUCAACUCGAUGCGGUUUAGACGAACCAGUGUUCCCGAGUUGAGGCGGAGUCGGACCGCGGCCGGUACCAGCACCAGCGCCAAUGCCAAUGCCAACACUAAUACGGGUGCAAGUCGGGCCGGUCAAACAGAAGGCAACGGCGACGAAGAGAAAAAAGGGAAACGACCGUCGUCUGCGCACGGGCGGAGAAAAGACGAAGGGCUUGUCCCGCCCAAGAGACCUGCUACCAGCGGAGGGAGGACACCCAGCUACGGAAGCGGUGACCCCAAGUCGGCCUCGGCGCCCAAGUUUAGUGAUCCCACCCAGGGCGAGGAAGAAGCCCAUUAUGAACCCGAGAUGGACGAUAUGCGAUGUAUGCUGUACAUUCACGGAGGGGGAUAUUAUUUUGGAUCAGUCGACCAACAACGGUUCUGUGUCCAGCGGUACGCACGAAAAAUGGGCGGUCGAGUUUUUGCAGUAAACUACCGUCUCGCACCUCAAUAUCCGUUCCCAUGUGCCCUCCAGGACUGUCUAGCAGCCUAUCUGUACCUUAUUAGACCACCUCCGGGUGCAGAACACUUGCCCGUCCCUCCCAACAUGGUCAUUAUCGCAGGGGGGAUCCUCAUUUCCCCAUGGUGCGACUUGACGCAUAGUUUCCCGAGCGUCUUGGUCAAUAACGCAACGGACAUCAUCCCACCCUACGGUCUUUCCCUGCACAAGCCAUCCACACUCUGGCCACCCCCCUCGGACGAACUGACAGCCGAACUCCGGGGCCGAAUGACGCGCAAAGUCCGAGAAGUCGUCAAGCGCGGGAAAUCCAAACUCGGACUGGGCCCGACAACCAACGAUUCCGAAAUCGACUUGGCCAAGCUGGUGGUGGAGGGCAGUCGCAAGGCGGACGAGACCAAGCGCGCGGCGCACCACCACCACCAUCCUAAAUGGAGCUGGCGGAAAAAGGACAAGGGCGACCAGGGCGCCAAGGGUCAUUUGGAUGCUGAGGCUGGGUCUGGGUCUGGGGGGAAAGGAAAUGGGGAUGCUACGGGAGCGAGGGGGAAUUCGGUACUUGCUCCUCCGCCUGGCGCGACACUGACUCCGACGUUGAAAAAGCCCGAGUUGCCUGAUAUGACUGCCGAACCUGCGUCUGCGCUGCCGGAAGAAAUUCCGCUCCCUGUGUCGAGAGCCACGACGCCCGACCCACCUCACCGUGAAAAGGUGCCCAAGCGCCAACCGACCGUCGAUCCGUCCAAGGGUCCGAUCGAGAUCGAGAUUGAUGGACAGAUGAGGACGGUCAAGUCCCAGAUUCAAUUCUAUGCACACGACAAGGAGGUGUUGAGGGAUGAGAUUAUCUAUGUGCAAGUUUGGCUCGACUUUUCCGCGCACAAGGCGGCGAAUCCUGAAAAGUACCCUGUCAAACCCGAGACGAAAGAAUUCUUGCCCUCGUUGAAGGAUAUCGAGAGCAAGGGGUAUGAGCCCACCAAGGUGCAUUUACAGGUGUAUGAUGAAACGUGUCAUGUUUUGCCGUUGUUCUCGUUUACGACUCCGGCCAAAUACUGUUAUCGAGCUAUCGCCCUGUUCUGCAAGCAUGUUACAGGUCAAAACCUCGGUCAGGCUACACCUACCUUCCCACCUACACCUGUCAUACCCGAAGCCACGAUUGCCCGAUCCCCAGAACUGGAACCCACGUUCCUUGGAACUGAAUCAAAUAAACCCCCGAUCUCCCCUAUAUCCCCCAUCAGCCCACCAUCCAGCUCGGGCCGUCGACCGUCGAUCACUUCUCCCAUGUCUUUAUCAUUUUCGCCGUCUCUGCUUCGACGUCACACUACUCGACGGGGUGCUGCAUCCGCUGAUGCCCAGACGCCGUCCUCACCCCACAAGGCCACUUCUCCAAGGUCACCCGCUCGUGAGCCCUCGGACGAUAUUGCCGGACCGCGUUUCAAUCUCGACAAGAACGAGCCCCCAACCGGAGUUGGGACCGCUGGCGAUCCAUCAGUCUAUAAACUACAGGCGACGGGGACGUCCGGCUUCGAGUCUCCGUUCAAGAAUAACAUGAUUCGCGAACGUGUCUCCACCGCCGGCGUACUCCGUCCGCUCGAGCCCGAGAGCAAACUCGAUGCGUGCAAGGUCCCGCUAGAAGCUAUCGGUGUGAUCAAUGCCGCAGCUGUGAAACGGUACUUGGAAGGCCAAGCGUUGUGGGACGCCAAGUUUUCAGGCACUUUGAAGAGUAUUGCCAAAACACGCUUGAAGAACUUGGAGCUUGCGAGAAAAGAAGGGAGGAAGAGUAUGGGCGCAUUGGCGGGUGGACUUGCGAAUGGGACAUUGAAGGAUGGAGAAGGUGGAAAGGAAGAAGCGGACGGGAGUCCAUCGAGUAGCGUAACGUUCUUGGGGUCUUCCAAUUGGAGCAUGAGCUGGGCUCUGGAGGGUGAGAAUCCUCCGCCGAGUUCAAUUGUAAGCAGGAGAGAUACAGCAGAGGCGAGACAGCUGGCGAUUUGUGCGGAUCGAGAUUUGAGUAAUGAAGAGACCAAGAUGAGCGGGAAUAACUUGUGGAAUAUUGUCGUUGAUUUCUUGUCCCAGAAUCCAGACCGGAAUGCAAAGUCCUCGGACCCGUUGGCGGCAGAUCAGGACCUGUUGGCUGGUGAUAGUUCCCUCGGUAUUCAUGUCCAACCUCCAACCCCCUCGUCUCCCGUUCCUCCUCCCAUACCAACCACUCCACCAUCCAUAUCCAAGCGCAUGUCUUCAGGGUUCCUGAAGUUUAUGGGUAAAGAUCCCGUAUCCAAUACGACCUCGAAUGGUAGACGGCCCUUGUCAUUGGUGAUUGAUUCAUCUCGCAAUCCAGGACUUCCUGUCGUGGAGAAAUGA